CUGAAAGUAUGCAGUACUUGUGGUUUGGUUUGUGUUGCUGCUGAAGGAUUGCUUGCAUAGGUGUGUAAACAACUGCGCGCGCGCAAUCAUGUGGUAGUUUUGACAGGGCAUCAGAGAGAGAUAGAGGGGGACGAGAGGGAGAGUUGUAAGCAGCAACACAUUGGUAAGAACAGGGAAGCAGGCGCGCGGCGGCACGGAGACCCGCCGGAAGAAGCAGCAGCAGCAGCAGCCUCAGCGCGAGCUGGACGCAGACCGACACAACACCGGCAGCACGAGCGACACCGAGGCGGUCAGCGGGGCGGAGAGGAGGAGGAGGAGGCACCUGCACCGCGACUCGUUCUCCCCCGCUGCCUCCGUCGUCUCUCCCUCUGUCUCUUCGCUCUCCUCACCCCUCGUUCCUCUCGGACCGCCGCCGCCGCUUCCUCGUUAAGAUGGCUGACCCCAGCAGCGACGGAGAGGCACCGGAGAACGCGCGCGUCUUCGCCCGACAGGGAGCCCUCCGCCAGAAGAAUGUGCACGAGGUGAAGAACCACAAGUUCAUCGCGCGCUUCUUCAAGCAGCCAACCUUCUGCAGCCACUGCACGGACUUCAUCUGGGGCUUUGGGAAACAGGGAUUCCAGUGCCAAGUGUGCUGUUUUGUGGUCCAUAAGCGCUGUCAUGAAUUUGUCACCUUUUCCUGUCCGGGAGCCGACAAGGGACCUGCCUCAGAUGAUCCUCGUAGUAAACACAAGUUUAAGGUCCACACUUACUCCAGCCCGACCUUCUGUGACCACUGUGGCUCCCUCCUCUAUGGGCUGAUACACCAGGGCAUGAAAUGCGACCACUGUAUGAUGAACAUCCACAAGCGGUGUGUGGCCAACGUCCCAAGCCUGUGCGGGACAGAUCACACCGAGAGGAGAGGACGCAUCCACAUCUCAGCCCAGAUCGCUGACGGCACUCUCACCGUCACCAUCAAAGAGGCGAGGAACCUAGUACCCAUGGACCCCAACGGCCUGUCAGACCCCUAUGUCAAGCUUAAGCUGAUCCCAGAUCCCAAGAGUGAGAGCAAGCAGAAGACCAAGACCAUCAAAUGUUGCCUCAACCCCUCCUGGAAUGAGACUUUCACUUUCAACCUAAAAGAAACUGACAAGGACCGCCGUCUGUCAGUGGAGAUCUGGGACUGGGAUUUGACCAGCAGGAACGACUUCAUGGGAUCCCUGUCCUUUGGGAUCUCAGAGCUACAGAAACAAGGGAUAGAUGGAUGGUUUAAGAUGCUGUCCCAGGAGGAAGGAGAAUACUUUAAUGUUCCUGUUCAGCCAGAUGGAGAGGACGGUAACGAGGAACUGCGACAAAAGUUUGAGAGGGCGAGGGUGGGGCCGGGGAAACCCACAGAUUCAUCUUCCUCUUCUUCAGUUUGCAAGUAUGACAGCAAUGGCAAUCAGGACCGGGUCAAACUCUCGGACUUUAACUUCAUCAUGGUUUUGGGCAAGGGCAGCUUUGGCAAGGUGAUGCUGGCUGAGAGGAAGGGCACCGAUGAGUUGUACGCCAUCAAAAUCCUGAAGAAGGAUGUUGUGAUCCAGGACGAUGAUGUGGAGUGCACCAUGGUGGAGAAGAGAGUCCUUGCUCUGGCUGGGAAACCACCUUUCCUCACUCAGCUGCACUCCUGUUUUCAAACCAUGGACCGAUUGUAUUUUGUCAUGGAGUAUAUAAAUGGAGGAGACCUUAUGUAUCAGAUCCAACAGGUCGGCAAGUUCAAGGAGCCUCAUGCUGUGUUCUAUGCUGCAGAGAUUGCUAUAGGACUCUUCUUCCUUCACUCCAAAGGCAUCGUGUACCGGGAUCUGAAGCUGGACAACGUGAUGCUGGACGCUGAAGGCCAUAUAAAAAUAGCUGACUUCGGCAUGUGCAAAGAGAACAUGUACGAUGGAAUAACCACAAAGACUUUCUGUGGAACACCAGACUACAUCGCUCCAGAGAUCAUAGCGUAUCAGCCUUAUGGGAAAUCUGUAGACUGGUGGGCCUUUGGAGUUCUGCUCUAUGAAAUGCUUGCUGGACAGCCGCCUUUUGACGGAGAGGAUGAAGAUGAGCUGUUCCAGUCGAUCAUGGAGCAUCACGUCUCUUACCCUAAAUCCAUGUCCAAAGAAGCUGUUGCUAUCUGCAAGGGGUUGAUGACCAAGCACCCAGGUAAGCGUCUCGGCUGCGGUCCAGAGGGAGAGAGGGACAUCAAGGAGCACGCUUUCUUCCGCUAUAUAGACUGGGAAAAACUGGAGAAUAAAGAAGUCCAGCCGCCUUUCAAACCUAAAGCUAAAUCACGCCGUGACGUCGGCAACUUCGACAAGGAGUUCACCAAGAUGGUGGUGGAGCUGACGCCCACAGACAAGCUCUUCAUUAUGAAUCUGGACCAGAACGAGUUUCAAGGCUUCUCCUACACCAACCCCGAAUUCAUCAUACAAGUGUGAGGAGGUCCUGUUGGUUUAGACGCAGCCCGAACAAAACUUUACUCGAACCAGUACAGCCCCAGUUACAUCCACGAGGACUCAUCCAGCAUCUCAUCGCACCACCACUGAAGCUAAAGCCACAGUGUCUCAUCUACACACACCUCCGACCCACACCAGCAUCUAAACUGGGCAACAAUCAGAAACCACCUCGCUGGCUUUAGCUGCUGGUUGGUCACAGUGAGACUGAGUUUGACCAGUAACCACACGGUAACAGGCCAGUUUCCAGAAAACACCAGGCAUGUGUAGUGUUCACACGACCUCGUGGUGUGCAGGUCAAUACAAAGAGUCAUAGUGAAUGUGUAACUGUGUGUAUGUGCUCUUAUCGAUCAACAGCAGUGUGUGUUUGUUUACUUGAUUUUUUCUCCUCUUCGGCCUGUAAAAGUUGCGUCAUGAACAUUCCAUGAUCAAUACUUCAUGUAUGUGCUCUCACACACACAAACACACACACACACACAAUCUUAGGUCACUUUAGGGGAAGUCACAGACUGAUCCUAACGCCUCGUUUCUACUUGCAUAUGUGCACAGAGAUGAGGCAACCGAAAGUCUAUUCAUUCCUUUGGGAAUCUCUGCGAUGUCCGCUUUAGCUGAGAAACUCCUCCCCUUCAUAAUAUUUCGGUCUGGACCUUGCCUUGAGUACAUUAAAAAACUGAAAUUCUGCGGUGGAUUUCGGAGAGACUGCAUGACAGUGUGCUAGCUUAGCUAACAGGCUGUUUUCUUAAAUUCAGUUGCUUGUCGAUUGUUAAGUGAGUUUGUUAAAAAAAUAACUUGUUUAUCUCAUUUUAACACAUUGUGAAUCUGAGGGAAGUUAUUCUGUUAAAAUAUGGUUAUACAUUAUAUACAGUCAGAUUGUCUUUAUGACUCGUUCAGCUGUUCAUACUUUUUGUAAAUGAACAUUUCAUGAAACAUACCAAGCCCCUGGCAGGUCCUGUUUUUGUCCUGUAAUGUUCCAAGUGCAUAAUCCAAACUACUGGAUGGCGAAAAACGGACAAAAUGAGGUUUCUAUCUAUCCGUAAAGAAAUGCACUGCCUUUUAUUGGACACUAGAGGCAUCAUCCGUAUAUUCACAGAUCUACGGACAUCAGUCACAUACAUAAGCGGAAACGAGGCGUAACCCUAAAUUUGCUUCCCUAAUCUUAACCCAUACCCCAAUUUCUGAACCAAUCAGCUAUUGGUCUGAUGACAACAAUCCUCUGGGGGCAUUAGCCAGUAUUUCAGGAGAUCUGGUAUAGCAAUUGGAUAUGCGGGCCAAGACUUCCCCUUUCAUGUGCUGGUCAUUUUUAUCUCUAUAAGCAGAUAUCAGCAUAUAAAAAAGAAAAUUCCACUGUUUGGCCACUACGAAAAUUGGCUUUAAAGCCUGGCCCACUGCCUGAGGGCCUGUUUCCGCCUCUGUGCAUUGAUUGUUUACCUGCUGCUCAAGCAAGAUUGGCCAGAAAUGACUAGAAAUGAAAACCUGAACACUUCGGAUACUAAAAUCUUUUCCUGUUGCCCACAGAUUCUGCAUACAUAUGCAGAUAUCUGUUCAUAGAGAUUACCCUAACACUAACCUGACCCAAAAAACAGCUUUUUCCAGAUUGAGACAUGGCUUUGGUCCCCAGUUGGACAAGCUGUCCGCAGUGAAUUGGGAUCCCAUACUAAAAAUGUACGUACGGACAAACGCUAAAUCGGCGUCUGCCAAAAAAUGGUUGACAUUUUCAACAGUCAGGCCACCACCUCACCUGUCUGCGUUGCCAGUUUCUCGUCUCCAAAAUGUUCCGAAGCAUGGGUCAAAGUUUCUCCCAUCAAGUCUGUUUUUAUAGAUCACAACUUUUGUAUUGGACGCGGCAAACGCCUCUUUCAGGCCUCCUUUUGUGUGUACGCAAUGUUUAUAGUCUGGUGUGUUUCCCCGAAGGUAACCUAAAUCACACACACACACACACACACGCACACACAUGUCUGUGCAGGCUGCGGUUUGGAGAGAAGGAAGGAUUUUAAAGGUUCUGAUUUUAACCUCAUGUCUAAGUUAGUCCUGAACUUAGUCUUAAGCACGUAUCGUCUUCCGAAUUGAUGCAAAAAAAAAAAAAAAAGAAGAAAAAAAAAGAAAAGAGAAAUCCCCCCAAAUGCCUGUCUGGCAGUGAUAUUUAAAAAAUGUCUCUGUCUUUUUCUCUUGCUUAAUCUCUCUCUUUCUCUUCUCUCUAUGGCACUGUGUACGCAGUGGGUUAGUGCUGUGUAGGCCUAUACAGUCUUUGUGGUGCAGCUCCUCUAUGCAUGCCAUAUCUGUUGGUACAGUAGCUCCCUUAAGAUUUGCGUUUGACAUCGGGGAGGAUGAAAAAAACCUCCGGUGUUGUGAAUUUAUUGAUGCAAGUCAGUUUUGAAAUAUCCAUGCUCAAAUUUUAGUUUCCACUCCGAAUGCUGUGUAUGCCUUCUCUAAUAAUGUCGACAUAUGCUACAGAGAAAUAUGAGAUUUUGUGAACUGAACAUAUAAAGUAGAUGUAAUAAUUCUGUAUGACUUGUAUUUCGGUGUAUGUGUAAAUAGGAAUGGGAUCUAGAGCUAGAAGUGGUUUUCAUGUUGUAAUACACUUCUAUACUAUUCUUCACAGCCCCGUCUCCCUUUCUCUCUGCUCUCUGUCCCUGCCAGCACUCAGCUGUCACUUUUUACUUUGAUUUCCCAUUUUUAUAUCUCCCCUUUCUCCUCCUCUUCCUCACCUGUUCCCCAAACUCACAUUCACAUCGGUGCGAUCUGGAGAGGAAAAGGAACUGGGAGACAAGUUAAGUGAGACAAGAGGGAGAGGGGGAAAGAGGGGAGAAUAAAGUGUUUACUAUGCAAAAGGCAGGAGAAGAAGGAGAAGAGGAGGAUGAGGAGAAAAGGGCAACUUUUAUAAAGCAACUUGAAGAAAUUGUGUAACAGGAACAGUAUACAUAUGUUGCAUGCGCCGUCUUUACCUGCGCGUGAGAGACACUUACAGUAUGAUACCUACAUUAAAGUGAAUUAUCAUAUACCAUUUCAGUAA